AUGCCUCGAAGGGGAUGUUCUAAAUUUCAUCAGCUCUCAGAUCGAAGUAAAAGGAGGCGGGUGAAUGAAGAUGAAGGAUGUUCUAAUUGGCCCAGUAAUUCAGAUGAUAAUUUUUCUUCAAGGCUUUCUUAUACAAAAAAAUCUUUUAACACUUCUGAGAUUAAUACCGACCCAGCUAAUGAUAUUAAUACUUUGGAUAGUUCACAGUAUAUUUUAUAUAAUCAAGUAUUUGAAGACAAUGAUCAUCUCUCAAAUGAAGAAGUUGAAUUUAAUGAUAGCAAUUAUGAAAAUAAUUUUUUAGAUUCUUCAUCUAGUAAAACCACAUUUGAAGAAUAUUCUUCUUUAGGUUUCCAAAUGAAUAAUACAUACACUUAUUGUUCUGAAUCAACCACAACACGGUCUUCGGGUAUUGAAAACUUCUUACGAAAUUGGGCUUUAAGACACAAUAUUACUUCAAGCGCUGUUUCUCAUUUAUUAGCUGGAUUAAAAGAAAAUGUUGAUAGUUUGACUAAUAUUUUGCCGUCAGACGCUAGAACAUUACUUAAAACUAAUUUAACUCUAGAAAAACUUAAUAUUAACCCUGGAAAAUAUAUACAUUUUGGUUUAGAGACUCAAUUGAAAUUUUUACUUAAAAAUGCUAAUUUAUUUGAUAUUCAUGAACUCCAUUUGCUUGUCAAUAUUGAUGGGCUACCAUUAUUUAAAAGUUCCCCAGGUCAAGCAAUACCAAUUUUAGUAACAGUUGUAAAUAUACCUAUUCUAAGAAAAAUUGUAUUCCCAGUUGGACUUUAUUAUGGCUAUCAAAAACCAGAUGACAUGGAUCUAUUUUUGCAUUCUUUUGUGACAGAAAUAAUAGAAUUGUCAAAUAGAGGAUUAUUAAUUAAUAAUACAAAUUUAAAUGUUAAAAUUAUUGGAUUUGUCUGCGAUGCUCCAGCCAAAAAAGAUAUUUUAGGAAUUAAAGGCCAUGGAGGAUAUUUUUCAUGUACUCGUUGUAAAGUCCGUGGCAGAACAAUGUAUAAUAAGAGGGUUUUUACUGAAUUAAACUGUGCAAAGAGAACUAAUAAUGAAUUUAUUAACUGGAUCGAUAAAAAUUAUCAAUUGCGAAGUACAAUACUUACUGAAAUACCAGGAUUAGAAUUUGUUGAUUCAAUAAUUUUAGAUGUAAUGCAUCUGAUUUUCCUAGGCAUAAUGCGUACCAUGCUUUCUACAUGGAACGAUGGCGUGAUUCCAUUUAAGUUAUCGCGGCAAAUGAUUCAACGAAUUUCCAAUUUUUUAGCCAGUUCAAGACUACCAGUAGAGUUUACAAGGCAACCACGAGAAUUAAAAUAUCUUCUAAGAUGGAAAGCUACAGAAUUUAGAUCAUUUUUAUUGUACCUUGGACCUAUUGCUUUAAAAGGGAAUUUAGAUCAAGCAAAAUACAACAAUUUUUUAACUUUACAUGUAGCCAUGUCUAUUUUAUUAAAUCCAAAAAGUAUUAGAGAUGAGGCAUUAAGAAAUUAUGCAAGAUCAUUAUUAAUCCAUUUCGUGCAAACAUUUACCAAUAUUUACAAUGAAAGUUUCAUAACACAUAAUUUUCAUGGUUUAAUUCAUUUGGUCGAUGAUGCAGACUAUUUUUCAAGAAUAAUUACUGACAAUCAGUUCAAUUUAGAAUAUAUUUCAGCAUUUCAGUUUGAAAAUUACCUUCAAAAAAUAAAAACAAUGGUUAGAGGCAAAAAUAGACCUCUAGAACAAAUUGGAAAUCGUAUGGCUGAAUUAUUUUUAAUAACUAAUUCUGAAUGUUCAUUACAUUUGGCCAAAGAUACACAAUUCCCUAUAUGCUCGCAAAAUCAUUAUAACGGUCCUCUUCCACCAAACUGUAUCAGCCCACAAUACAAGGUUAUAGCUUAUGAAAAGUUCAAAAUUAAAAUUGAAUCGCCCAAUGAUAUUUGUGGCAGUAAGACUGGUGAUAUAAUAAAAGUUGAAAAUAUUUGUUUUUUUCAAGAUCUUAAUAACUACAUAAUAGUUGGUAGAAAGUUCUUAAGAUGUAAAGAUUUUUUUUUAAUGCCUUGUACCAGCUCAUCAAUUGGAGUUUAUGAAGUGGACAAUAAUUAUAUGUCAGACAUUAACAUAUGGAAAGUUAAUGAAAUAAUAUUAAAAUAUGUAUCAUUUGAGUACAAGAAAUCAUUUGUUGUUUUUCCAUUACUGCAUACAACCUAA